GGCGGGGGCGGGGUUGAGGCCAUGGCGGCGCGUUGGUGUUGUUGUCGCGGGCGCUGAGGUAUCCCUGCCACCCCAAGGACUCCGGGAAGAGCUGUUCCGUUCCACCGCGCCGGUUCGGCAUCUCGGAGGGGAAAUGCGGUAGCGCGGUGUGAAUCCAGCUGCCUGUCGCCGGGCCUUUGGAGGCGAUGGAGCCGCUGCCGGAGCUCUACUCGAUCUUCCAGGGAGAGGUUGCUGCAGUGACGGAUUAUGGGGCAUUUAUCMGAAUCCCAGGCUGCAGGAAGCAAGGCCUUGUCCACAGGWCUCACAUGUCYGCCUGCCGUGUGGAUAAACCCUCYGAGAUUGUYGACGUUGGGGACAAAGUCUGGGUGAAGCUCAUUGGGAAAGAGAUGAAAGAUGAGAAACUGAAGCUCUCCCUGUCCAUGAAGGUCGUCCAUCAAGGCACAGGGAAGGACCUGGAUCCCAACAAUGUUUCCCUUGAGUAG